GUGUGUGUGCGGGCAUUCGUGCGUACAUGUUUGUGUGUGUGUGUGUGUGUGUGUGAAUGUUAUUUGCAUAACAUUCCGUAACAGUUGUGGUUGUGUACCGCCAGUGUGUGUGUGGUUGAGUGUGUGAGUGUUUGUGGGAUUUAAAUGAGUGAGUGUGUGUGAUGAGGGCCUUCUUCCUCUUCUGGUCCCCACUCUGAAAGAGAACUUAGAGCUGUGAUGAUGUCUGGUGAAAUCAUCUACUCCGAUGUUACAUUCACUCGGCAUCAGAACCAAGAUACUGGAGCAGAAAGUGAAGUUUCUAAUGGAGUAGCCGGACGUGAAGAGGAUGUCACAUACUCUGAGGUUAAAAGACCAGGAGGUAGAGCUAGUGAGCAGGAGGAUCCUGGGAAAGGAAGGGACCCUGGCAAUAGUGACCCCACUCCCCCAGUGGGGUCAAAGGCUACAAUCCCUAAUGGAGGGUCUGGAAGAGUUCCCGUGGCGACCCUGGUGUGUCUCUGUGUUCUACUGCUCGGCUUGGCUAUCACUCUGGGAGUCCUCUAUGCUUCCAACAUGACUAGUCUUCAAGCUGAGGGGGCUCGCUUUGCCCAGAUGAAAGGGAAUCUAACAGGGAAACUGCGUGAACUGCAAGACAGCUAUAAGAGACUACAGAAUGAGACCCACAUCAUAACAGUCCAGGAAGAGAUGUUCUCCUCAGGUCUUCGAGACUGUGAGGCCAACCUAACUAGGGUCAAAGAUCUCCUGGCAACCAUCCAAGGGAAUCAGAAGGAAUGUAAUGCUGAUACAAAAUCAUGUUCUCCUGGCUGGGAGUUCUACAAUGGAUCAUGCUACUACUUCUCUAAAGACAAACUGACCUGGGAACAGAGUCAGUAUGCCUGCAUCCAUGAUGGAGGACACCUGGUCAUUGUAGAGAGUCAGCAGGAGCAGGAGUUUAUAAUCGAAAGAUUUGUGAGAAGCACUGAUUUUGGUAACAGCCCCUGGAUUGGACUGACAGACAAGAAGCAAGAGGGAGUGUGGGUCUGGAUGGACAAUACAACUCUUGAUGACAGCAUCAACUGAUGUGUGGUGAGAGUUCUGACACAGAAAUGGUUGUCUUGCAUCAUCCAGGUGGGUGCAACACAUUGCUGGUGGAUGAGGUGAGUUUCCCCCUACUAUGUAAAGCGCUUUGAGUACCUCAGUUGGUAGAAAAGCACUAAAUGAACACAAAACAUAACAUAAAAUAUACUGUUAUACUGUUAGUAUGUUAACAAUGUCAGUGUAAACAAACAAUGUACAUGAAUGAAUUCCCCUAGCAACAUUCCUCAGCUGUAUACCACAAGUGGCAGGGUGGCCGUUUUGUGGUAGUGUCAAUUACAGACUGCAGCUUUAAAUGGUCCCUGAUUUACCAUGUCCUGCAAUCCCACUUUAGUACCAUUUACUAAUAAUCAUAUGCCCUGUUUAAUCAAUUAAGGAUAAAACACACAAACACAAACUUUCAUAAUUUAUAUUAUUGUCUUAUUCCUUUUAUCCAUCAAAGGUUUAGUAAAUCAGGUAAUUAGUGUUCAUACACAAACACACUCACUCAGUACUUACAGAGUAACACACAGAUCAAGGUGGGCUCCAUUCUGUCCUGACGAUGAUCUCUGAACUACAGUUCUUCUGACAAACCCCUCUACUUUACUACGGGAAUAAAUAUCACUGAUUUACAAAAAUAUUGGAACAAAGUUGUCUAAUGAAGCCAAACAAUUUAGAAUCCUCCAAUCCUGUAGCCUACUCCCGACCGUCACGUUGUUCCACACCUUCCGAACGGAAACCCAGAGGGUUUAAAUUGUAUUUUUCUCUGAAUAGAAACACCAUAAUAUUAAUCAAAUGAAUUAAGCCACAUUUCUUAAAAUCAAUCCCAUAUACUAUAUUAUUACAAAUAAGGUUUUAAAUUCUCCGGUAAUGCCAAUAUGGAAUACUAUCAAAUGCUUCUCAAAGAUGCCCUCUGGUGGUCAAACUAGUGUAACCGGUGUGAAAUUGCUAGCCAGUUAGCGGGGUGCGCGCUAAUAGUGCUUCAAUCAGUGACCUCAUUCGCUCUGAGACCUUGAACUAGUUGUUUCUUUUGUGGAGAGAUGGGUAACGAUGCUUCGAUGCUUCGUUGGAGGAAGUUGUUGAUGUGUGCAGAGCGUCCCUGGUUCAAGCCCAGCGAGGAGAGGGAAGGAAGCUACACUGUUACAUUAGCAUUAAUUAACAGAUAAAAUGGCUGACAAAUAGUCAACGUUCCACAGAAUGCUGCAGCAACCCGCAAGGUGUGCCGUAGUAUGACACAACCUUUAAAGGAGGAACCACUAUAUCUAUCUCUGGCUAUACCAGACAAAGCCAUGGCAAAUUGGUUUUCCAGAACUGCAGCCACAUAUUUGAGCUAUUUUCCACAGGUCAAACGCUUUUGCUUUUAGCCAUAAUUGACUGCCAAAUCUCUGUAGUUCCUCCACAUAAGCAGCUGGAAGUGACAGAUACGUUUUAUAGUUAUAUUUGUAAACAUGAAUUGUCUGCGUAUUAAUAAUUAGACAUACAGUAUGUAUAAAAAGAAUAAACAUUAUUACAUACUAGGUAGGUUGUUGCUUGAUUGAUUUAUUCAUUGAAUGAUUGGUUUAUGUAUUUACUUAUUGAUUGGUCAAUUUGAUUGAUUGGAUGGGUUUCCCAUUUUCAAUUCAGCUGUUUUGUUUACACAUUUCCAGCAUGUACAGUGCUACUGUAUUCAUCUGCAUGUUUUCACAUUCAUUUACAGAAAAUAAGACAGUAUGCAAAACGCUCUACCGCUAAAGGGGAAAUCUGCUGUUCAAAUAAUAAUAAUGCGGGCACCCUGCCGCCAUUUUGUUUUUACAAUUGCAAUGUUUACAAACAAUGGAGUUAAACAAGCAUAUGUUGUAUUCUACAUGAAUCAAUAGUUAUAUACCACUCAUUUAAAAGUAUGUAGCAAUCGCAAAUUGCCACUUCAAAUAUGGAUGAAAUUAGACCAAAACAAAAUAAACAAUAAAUUACCAUAAUUAUCUCUUCUUUGUAACUUCCCCUGUGUUUGCUGUUCAGUAUCUGAGUCUAUGGGUCAAGUCUUAGUCAAUGUAACAUCAGGGGUCUUUGAGAGGGAUGCAGGGGUAGUUUAGUAGGGUAGUUUAUCUCCUUUUGUGCAGUACACCGUGUCUGGUUUCUUUAGAUUAUUCCCUUUGCCCACUGGGUGGCGCUGUGCUGCAGUUUGUAUCUGUAGGGUGCUGUAGAAUGUCUCUGCCUGUGGGGGGGACUGUGGUUCUAUCCUCUCUUCUGGUGAAGUGUACUCCUUGUCCCCUGGAUGCCCCUCUUCUCCUUCUGCUGAUGCUGGUACUGCUCCUGGUCUGCCUGCAGUAACGUAGAUGGAUGUCACCUCAGAUCCAGGGGUGUUCUGUGGUUCUGGUCUUCCUGGUAUAGCGUUCACUGGGUUUUCAACUUCUGGAACAACGGCCUGUUAGGAGAUGGGUAAUCAUAACAAGCAAAUGGUCAUUAUUUAAAAUGUUUAAAAUUCUAAGAGUCUAAAAGUUUGGGCGGUGGGGGAAUUGCUUUAACAUGGUCAUAACAUGCAUCAUUUACAGGAGCUAUUUGAUUUGGAUUUUUAGGACCCGUUUAGGUAUCAAAAACAAAUAUUUAUACAUGUUAUGAUAAAUUAUUGAAUUUGGUCUUUAGUCCCAAUUCCCAUAGAAACGCAUUGAAAAGCACAUUCAUAAACAGGAGUAAGGUUUUGAAGUGACUGUCAUUUAUCUAGGAGAUACAAGAGAUCUUGUACACAUUUCACUCCUUUUUUUGGGGUAGGCACAAAUUGAGAUGCAGCCUGUGCAACAAAAAAAAACAUAUCUCUAGCUUUGACAGAUUUUGAUGUGGAUAUUAUUAUUAUGUUACUUACUUUUAUGCACCGGUAUGUCAAUAGACUCUACGGUUGUUUACACAGAUUAAUGAUGUAGAGGGAACCUUCAGUGACAGUUUUUCUUUAGGGGAUCGGUGUCUUCUGGUUGAUAUGAUGCAUCCUACACCAACUAAGAAUAAUCCACCAGUAACAAUGCCCACAAUGAUGCCAACUAGUGAUGCUGCAGCGAUCCCCUUCUUCUCACCAAUACCUGAGAUGUCACACCCAUACAUAUAACACACAUAUACACACAAAAACAGCAUUAUCCACAUUUUUGCUGGAGAAGAAUAUAACUGCAAUGAUAAAACUUAGUUGAUUUAAAAAAAAUAAUGAUAGAGGAAUUCACAGAAAGCGGAAGUUAGUAAAUUAGACUGACAAUGAGACACCAUGCGUUGUGAUUUGGUCUCUGCAUUGAUGUGAUUGUUGACAAUACACUGGAUAAAUCCAUUACAACUGGAGACGGUGACCUCACAGAGUGACAGAGAAUCUUGGUACAGUGUGUACUGACCUCAUCACAGACAGAGAAUAUCCAGCUUGAACAAUUCAGUGUGAUGUUACAAAGUCCUGUACUUGUAGUAUUUUAUUUAGCUUUUAUUUAACUAGGCAAGUCAGUUAA